AUGGGGGAGCGCAGCGCGGCGCGGCGGGAGGACACGGCCCGGCGGCUGGCGCGGUUCGCGGCGCUGCGAGGCGCGGCUGCCCGGCCCGGCGAGCUGUGGGACGUGGUGGUGCUGACGGCGGCGGACGCGGCGCAGGCGGGCGCGUUCCGGGAGCAGCUGGCGGAGAAGCUGCGGCGGGAGCAGCUGCCCAGGGCCGUCCGGUACCUCGUGUGCGCCGACCCGCCGGGGCCCAGGAUCGGAAAUGGUGGAUCAACUCUUCAUGCUCUUCGGUGCUUGGAAGAGCAGUAUGGUGAUCAGUGGACUUCCUUCACUGUGCUGCUAAUCCAUUCUGGUGGUUACAGCCAGCGUUUGCCAAGUGCAAGUGCCCUGGGCAAGAUCUUCACAGCGCUGCCGCUGGGCGAGCCCGCGUACCAGAUGCUGGAGCUGAAGCUGGCCAUGUACAUCGACUUCCCCCGUCACAUGAAACCAGGAGUGCUCGUCACGUGCUCGGAUGACAUAGAGCUGUACAGCACCGGCGUCACAGAAGCCAUCACCUUUGACAAACCUGGCUUUACUGCCUUGGCCCACCCCUCAGACCUGGCAGUCGGGACCACGCACGGGGUGUUUGUGCUGGAUCCGUGCAGCUUUUCAGGAAAGGGAGGGCUGGAGUAUGGAUCAUGCUCCCGCUUCCUGCACAAGCCUGACGUGCAGACCAUGCGGCAGAGUGGUGCGGUGUGCGUGAGGAGGGGUCACCCUCAGCUCAGCUCCCCCGGGAGCUGCGGAGACUCGGCCGUGGCCUCGGAGUGUGUGUACACAGACAGUGUAUUCUACAUGCACCACAGCACUGCCCAGCAGCUCCUGCAGUUCUAUAAGCAGAUGGGCACUCUGGGCUGUGAAAUAGAUGCGUAUGGUGACUUUCUCCAGGCCCUGGGGCCUGGAGCCACCCCAGAUUACACCAAAAACACAAGUAAUGUCUCCAAGGAGGACCCAGGGUUGGUGGCAGUGCGGCAGCAGCUGUACUCCCUCCUGCAAGGCACCGCCCUGAAUGUCAUAGUCCUCAACAACUCCCAGUUCUACCACAUCGGGACUACUCAGGAGUAUUUGUUUCAUUUUACUGCUGAGAGCAAACUGAGAUUUGAGCUUGGCUUGCGGCCUGUGGCUUUUAGCAUCUUCCCUGACUCAGCCAAGACCUUGGAUCAGUUGAGCAUCAUCCAGAGCAUCCUUGAGCCCGGGUGUGUGAUAAGGCCUGGCUCUGUCGUGGAAUACUCCAGAAUUGGGCCUGAAGUCUCAGUAGGGAAAGGCAGCAUUGUUAGUGGGUCCUACAUAAAUUUCAGUGUGGACAUACCCUCGCACUGCUUCCUGAGUUCAGUAAGUGUGAAAAUGACUGAUCGAGUGGAGUAUGUCACCAUGGUGUUCGGUGUAGGCGACAACUUGAAAAAGUGUGUGAAAUUGCUGUCAGAUAUACACUCUCUCCAGUUUUUUGGAGUCAGCUUGCCAGAAUGCCUUGACCUCUGGAGCUUAGAGGCUUCAGACCAGCUCUUCUCCAGUGAGGGCACACAUCUGGGGCUGUGGACUGCAAGGAUUUUCCCUGUUUGUUCUACUCUGAGUGAAUCAGUUAGGAUGUCCCUGAACAUGCUGAAUUCUGUGCAGCACAAGUCAGCUUUCAAACUGAGUGGCUUUCAGCUUCUGUCUGUUGAAGAAAUGCUCACCUACAAAGAUGUGGAAGACAUGCUGAAGUUUAGGAAACAAAUUUAUUAUGAAAUCUGCCUACAAAGACAAAAAGAGAAGUCUGAUUAUAGAAUGAAUGGUACUUGAUCAAACCUGUUUUCAUUUGUGGACAAUUGAUUACUUCCCUGCUUGUAAGAAUCCUAAGGGAGAAGUACACAGAUCUCUUCUCUGAUCUCAUUGAAGUAGAAAUGAAGGAAUUGCAUAACAUUAAUAAUGCAGCAAAUGCAAAUAAAGUGUUCUUUGAUUAAAACAGGGAAAUAUUUCAGAUCUAAAAACAGUAUUUGGUGACCUUUUGUGGGUUGGAUGUUAUGUCUUGUAGCUUUUUGUCAGAAUACAAUAGAGAAAAAAUGUCUAUUUGGCUGAAAACAGCUUUAAAAGCUUUUAAAGGGUAGAAUAGUAGCAAUGUGGAAUAAUACAACAACUUAUGUUUCCCUCUUUUUAUGCUGCCAUUUUGCAAUACAGUUUCAGACAGUAGUUAGGUGGAGGUAAAAUGAUUAAAAGUGCUUUUAAUUCAAGACAUCUUGUGCUGGGCAUUAAUAAAUUUUUCUCUUUUGUUUCUUAACUUUUUAUUCUUUCUUGGUUUUUGUCAGAAGAAAAAAGAUUGGCAUGAGUGAUUAUUCUUCCCCUUGUGACUCAUAGUACUGGGGUCAACACCAGUCAUCAAGACAUAAUGAUUUAUUUUUUUUUCUUGUGGUUGUUGGAAGCUGGCAGUGUGAUGGAGAAGCUGCCAGCUCUUUGUCACCCACGGAUUGACUGAUGUGUCCCUUGCAAAAAGAAGCACCUUGUAUUUCUCUAAACUGAGCUGUUGCAGUCUUUGCUGUCCUUGCUGGGGCAGAGCAAAAGCCAGAGAGGUUUGUUGUGCGUGGCCCCACAGUACUUAUCUUCUUGACAAACCCUCUUCCCCUUCUUCCCCUUCUGCAAAUAAAGUUAAUAUUGAAGUCCU